CACACAAUACAAACACAUCCCGGCCAGCGGCUACCCGAUCGAAUGAGAAGCUUCACUAACUUCUGCGAAACCUGGUUCGUCCAGCUGAAGCACCUGGUGAACCAGCUCUACUCAGCUCCCAGGCCCCCCUCCACCCCUGACCAGCACCACCACCUCCUCCAGCUUGUCCACAAGCUCAUGUCCCACUACGCCGAGUACUACCGCGUCAAGGGCCUCGCUGCCGAGCGCGACCCUCUCUCGAUCCUUGCGGCCCCCUGGGCCACCUCUCUUGAGUGCUCCCUCCACUGGAUCGCAGGGUGGCGCCCCACCACCGCCUUCCACCUCGUCUACACCGAGUCAUCUAUUCGCUUUGAGUCCCACAUCGCCGAGAUCCUCCGCGGCAUGAGCACCGGCGACCUCGGCGACCUCUCCCCCUCUCAGUUCCGCCGUGUCAGCGAGUUACAGUGUGAAACAGUAAAGGAAGAGAAUGCUAUAACGGAGGAGCUAUCAGAGUGGCAGGAUGGUGCGAGUGAGCUCAUUGGCGAGUGUGGUGACAUUGAGGAGAAGAUCGGACCGCUGGUAAGUGUUAUAAAAAAGGCUGAUGAUCUACGGCUGAGAACGGUCCGGAGGGUGCUGGAGUUGCUGACCACACAUCAGGCUGCGGAGUUCUUGAUUGCGGCUGCUGAGUUGCAGUUUGGGAUCCGCUCGUGGGGGGAAAAUCAUGACCGUCUGCGUACGGAUGUAUGA